CUAAAUAAAUAAUGCAAUAGGCUUGGCAUCACCUCCAUCGUACCAAAUGGAAUCAUUUUUUUUUUUUUAAGUUGACCUUUCCAUCCUUCAUCUUCUGCUGCUGUGUCUGUGUCUGCUUACCUCACUAACAGAAAUGCUCACAGGCUUAGCUACUCCUUCUGCCACACUUCCUUCUAUCAAACUCGUUUCUUCCUCCCAGUUCUCCCCCCUCACUUCAUCUCUCUUCCCUGCAAAUAAAAUCCCAAUUAAGCCAUCAACAUUUCCUUGUAACUCUAGAACCUCCCAUUUGUUUACAACCCAUAUGAGCUGGUUGGGGAAGCUUGGAUUCAGUUUUGUAACUCGAGCUUCAGAUGUAUCUAUAGAUUCAUCUUCUUCAUCAAUUGCUCAAGGUCCAGAUGACGAUAUUCCUGCUCCUGGACUGCAAUUCGCUCAAUUCGGAGCUGGAUGCUUCUGGGGUGUCGAGCUAGCGUUCCAGAGAGUUCCUGGAGUUUCGAAAACGGAAGUUGGGUACAGUCAAGGGCAUCUGCAUAAUCCGACUUACAGUGAUGUAUGUACGGGAUCUACAAACCAUUCUGAGGUUGUUAGGGUUCAGUAUGACCCGAAAUUGUGCAGUUAUGAGACUCUGCUUGAUGUGUUCUGGGCUCGCCAUGAUCCCACCACGCUCAAUCGUCAGGGGAAUGAUGUUGGGACACAAUACAGAUCAGGAAUAUACUACUAUACUCCCGAGCAGGAGAAAGCAGCACGGGAGUCUAUGGAGAAGCAGCAGAAGCUCUUGAACAGGAGCAUUGUAACUGAGAUUCUUCCUGCAAAGAAGUUCUACAGAGCAGAAGAAUACCACCAGCAGUACCUUCAGAAAGGUGGUCGAUUCGGGUUCAAGCAAUCAGCCGAGAAAGGCUGCAAUGAUCCAAUCCGUUGUUAUGGUUAAGUUGAGCGGCUUCCUGAUACUGAUAUUAUUUUUAUUUUUUUUCUCCUGUGCUGCUUGUUAAUAGGUUAGCACAUCCUUCCCCAUAAAUGAGGUAUAAAAUUUAGUAUUUAUAAAUUGUAAUGGUAGCAGUUGUAUCAUGUAUGUAGCUUGUGGACCAAGUUAUGUGUUCUUCCUGUUCAUGUAUACAUAUUACUAAAACCUUCUAACUGUACGUUGAUAAGUUGGUUCUACA